UGAACGGCGAGACACCGGCGAGGCGCCGGCACCGGCACCGGCACCGCGAACCGGCACCGGCGACCAGGAACCGGCACCGCGAACCGGCACCGCGAACCGGCACCGGCAGCAGCCGCCGAGCCCGCGCGGGGGUAGGCCGGGAGAGACCCCCCCCCCCCCGAGCCGGGAAGACCCCCCCGGAGCCGGCGCCAUGGCGGCCCCCCAGCGCCCGCUGCGCGGCGCCGCGCUGCUGCUCUGCCUGAGCCUCCUGGCGCAGAGCCGCCCGCAGGCCUCGCCGCGGCCCCCGGCGCCCGGCGACCCCGAGGGGGGGGCCAGCAGCGCGGCCGCCGCCCCCCCGGGCGCCGAGCACGGCCUGGCCAAGCGGGCGGCCCCGUCACCGGAGCACAACGAGGUGCUCAAGGAGCUGGAGGAGCUGGGGCGGCUGCGGGCCGAGGCGCGGCGGCAGCGCGACGGCGACGGCGACAAGGGGGGGCUGCCGGGGGGGCGGCAGCUGCGGCGGCAGCAGAGCCUGGAGCGGCGGCUGCUGGAGCGGCGCUACGAGGAGCUGGCGGAGAGCCGGCGGCAGGCGCAGGCGGCGAGGCGGGCGGCGGCGCGGGAGGAGCGCCUCGCCGACCUGGCCGCCGACCUGCUGCUGCGCUACCUGCUGCGCGGGCCGCCCGUGCCCGGGCCCGGGCCCGCCACCGCCGAGGACAAGCGCUCCGAGGAGGCCGAGCCUCGCGGCUCGCUGGAGGACAACGACGUCGUGCCGGGCGACGACGGCGCCGCGGGCGACGACGGCGGCGACGCGGACCCCGCCGACGACGACCUGGACCCCGGCACCAUCGACGAGCUCAUCGAGCUCUCCAGCAAGCUGCACCUCCCGGCCGACGACGUCGUCGACAUCAUCCGCGACGUGGAGCACAAGCGCAAGGAGGAGGCGCCGCCGCCGCCUGUUGCGGCCCCGCCUCGGCACCGCCGGCCUCCGCCUGUGCCGGCGGUACCGCCUGUCUCCAACCGCAUCUCGGCGCGGACUUUCCUGCCGCCUCCCCGCCGCCGCCCGCCGCCGCCGCCGCCGCUGCCGCUGCGGGACGAGGAGCUGCAGAACUACCUGGAGCGGGUCCUCGCCGCCCCCCCCCGCAGCUACCCGUGACCCCCCCCCGGCGAAACGGGCCCCCCCGGACCCCCCAUCGCCCCCCCCAGUCCCCCCAGUCCCAGCUCCCCCAGUCCCAGCUCUGGUUGUCCCCCCCUCAAUCCAGCCCCCCGUGGGCCCGGUGUCCCCCCCCCAUGUGUGUCCCCCCCAUGCGUGUUCCCCCCCCCGCCGUAUGGAGCCCCCCCCCUCGGGCCCGGUGUAAAUAGCCCCCGAAUCACUACUUUUGCUAACGAAUAAAAGCGACUAUUUUAGUA